AUGGGCGGACCUGCAUUCGGUCUGCUGUGCGUGCUCCUGCUUGUGGCCGUCGUCGUCGUGCCCCUCUUCACUGCCGACUUGGCCAAGGCUGCGCUCGCUGCGUACCGCCAGCAGCAGCAUCAACAACACCGUGGCUACGGGACACCCGGUGCGUUUGAAGCGCGUCGGGUGACGAUCAAGGAACUCUCGCUACGCUCAAACACGCCCGGAUUCGACGACCCUGGCAAUGGCGAUGGUGACAACAUGGCCGCUGGCGGAUGCGUGUUCGUGGUCGACCUCCUCCAGAGCUCCGGGAUCGGGUGGGCUAUCGCCCUCCACUCGGCCGACGCCGCAGCACCACCACAAGAGGGCCACCACCACUCCAACUCCUGCUACUACUACACGAGUCAGCGCGACACGGGAACCACGAUGGGCGCGCUCAUGGACGCGGCGAUGCAGGCGCUCUCGAUGGGCACGCGAGGAGGGGACCAACGCUGGGCGGCGCCUCCUCCUCCCGGCUGGCGCACCGAGACCUCGGCCGCGCACGGCUGGACCCGCCUGAGCAGCGGCGGCGGCACGGAGCUGGCAGGAGGUCACGUGGAGCUGCUGCUGACCGACCACGCCCCGCAUCGGCCCAUUCGGGUGAGGCUGCAGGACGGGACUCACGUGCGGGAGCUCUUCUUCAUCCCCGACCUGGUGGGAGAGCUCUCCGCCCGCCACCAAGAACUGCUGGCGGCGGCCAUGGCGGGUGCCGGCCGGCGGGCCGAUGCUGACGAGACGUUCCAAGGAUCCACAGACCUCUGCGAAUGGGCGCAUCGUAUGGUGCACCUGGACGACGACAACGACGCCAACGACGGCAACGAGGAAGAGGAGGAGGGGCCGACGAUCGAUCCGGACGCUUGCGAGCAGAGGGCGGUACCGCGGAGCAAGCGGCAGACGGAGGUGAUCGUGAUCAACCGGCGCAAGAAGCACCACGGCGGGCACGGGGCCGCCGUGGCCAUCGGUCUGGGCGUGGGCCUGGGCGUCGGCAUCCCCGUGGUGGUGCUCCUGGCGCUCAUCCCGUGCGUCAUAGCCCUCUGGCUCAUCCGCAAGCGGCGCAGGGGCAGCAGGACCAUCCGGGUGGCGGACGUGCCGACGGGCGUGUUCGCGGCGGGCGGCCAGCCCACAGAGAACCCCGCCUACCAGGAGGAGCCCGAAUACCAGGGAUCUGUAUCCCCAAUCGGAUCCGACCUCCAAUCGGCGCUGGGCGAGAACUACUAG